AUGGCAAGAUGGCUUUUGCCUCUAGCAGAAUAUGACAUUACUUGUGUUACUCCCAAGGCUAUUAAGAGCCAAGCACUUGCAGACUUGAUGGCCCAAUUCUCAUUCGGUGAACAUGAACCUGCAGAGGUACCUCUACUAGGUGAGGUCCAUGUCUCAGCAACUGCAGUUGAGACUUAUUGGGACUUAAAAUUUGAUGAAGCUUCCGGAGCCAGAAAAGGUGGAGUUGGCAUAACACUAAUCAAUCAAGAAGGAGAGAAGUCUCAUCUAUCAUAUAAGCUUGACUUCGAAUGUUCAAACAACGUGGCUGAAUAUGAGGCAUUGAUACUAGGUCUAAUUGCUGCCCAAAAGAAUGGCCUCCACAAGUUGAAAAUUUGGAGCUACUCCAAGCUAGUUGUCAAACAAACAAUGGGUGAUUUCACAUUAAAGGAGCCUCUGUUGGCGCCAUAUUGCACCAGGGCUCAAAGGUUGCUCACUCAGUUUGAUGAUGUCCAAAUCCAGCAUACUCUUUGA